GUUUACUUACUUAUUCACCCAUCUCAACCAUGAACACAAACACAAAGGUCUACACCAUGUUUUUUCAUGUUCAAAAACACAAGGUCAAGGUCAAAUGUGAUGUAGUAACAAUAAUAGUAUGUCUCUCCCAUCUCCAUCCAUGUGAUACUCGUUUAUAAACUAUCAUCUCAAUGACCAAACUACCCUCACCCACAUCACUUGCAUGUAGUCAAUCCAUGUCUAUUCUCGUCCACACAACUCUCUCUCUCUCUCCUUCAAUCUCCCAUUUCCAUUAACUCCACCAACUCAGAUUUAGCAUCCACACUCACAAACCAUUUUCUUUCCUCUUCAAACUUCAAACAAAACUGAAAAAUGGAUGGAACCAAUAGAGGUGAAGCGGAACGGUGGCUCUACACAGCCAACAAGCUUCUUAGCGCGCGUGACUUACACGGCGCACGCUCAUUCGCUAUCCGGGCACGUGAAUCCGACCCGAGAUUUGAAGCUACCGAGCUUCUCCUAGCGGUUAUUGAUACUCUCUUAGCGGGUGAAGUUCAGAUCAAAGAACAUCUUGAUUACUACGCCAUUCUUCAAAUUCUUCGUUACACUCAGAACAUUGAGUACAUCGCCGUUCAGUACCGCCGUCUCGCCGUUCUGCUCGACCCUCACCGGAAUCCGUUCGCUUUUGCCGCUCAUGCUUUUUCUCUUGUUCAUGACGCCUGGUCCAUUUUCUCAAAUCCACAUAAGAAAGCUUUAUAUGAUGAACAGCUUCAUUUUCUUACUCAACCACCACCGCCGCAACCACCACCGCAACCUAUUCAACCGCCACUGCCUCCACCGCAACCUAUUCAACCACCAAAGCCGAAGCCGCAACCACAACCUAUUCAAACUCCUCCUCCAGUUCAGGUCAAUCAGAAUCACGGCCUUCAACAGAGGAACACCCCUAGGUCUUCCAAUCAAGCUAACGUAAUUACCGAGGGACAAAACAAUGGGCCGAGGCAGAGUCGGCGGAAUAUCGACGACCGGACUGGACCGAGUCAGAGCAAUGUCGACGAGCAAACUGAGCCUAAGCCUGCUGACACUGAAGCUGGAAGCUUUUGGACGGCGUGCCCUUACUGUUAUGCAAUGUUUGAGUAUCCUAAUGUUUAUCAGGAGUGUACACUCCGGUGUCAGAAUUGUAGGAAAGGGUUUCAUGCGGUGGUGGUACGGUCACCACCGGAGUUGAGUGAAAAUGGUAGUUUGUUCUGUAGCUUUGGGUAUAUCCCUUUAGGGUUUAGUGGAAAUUUUAAGGAUAUUAGUGGGUCAUCUUCGGAAUGGAACCCUAUUUCUACUUUGUUUCCUUGCUCUAUGAAAGGCGCUUCUUCCAAGAAGGGUUUUCAAAGAGAGCCUGUUGUUUAUUACGAUCAUGAUACGUGUGCGGCUUUCGCGGUGCUUUCUGAUGAAACUGAAGAUGAUACUGAUGAUGAUGAUGAUUGGUGGAGAGGGGAUGAUAGCAAUGAGAGGAAGAAGGUGGUUAUGACGAGGAGGAGUAUGAAAAGAAGAAGGACUGUUGGGGGUGGUGAUGGUGAUGAUGCUGGAAAGGGGCCUCUUGAUACUGGGAGGCCCAAGAGGGGGGUUCAGAAUGGUAAUGCUGGCGGCGGCGGUGGUGGUGACAAUGUGCAUGAUGGUGAGGCUGUUGAUCCUGCCUCUGCACCCGCGAAGCUGUCCAAUGUUGAAGCUAGUAAGAAAGCUGUGUUGGGUGGAUCGAGGAGGAGGGGUGCGGCCAAUUUAGGUAAAUUGGAUCUGAAUGUAGAGUUUAGCAAUGAGGUGGAAGAAGCUGCUGCUGGCGGAGCGAAAGAACGGAAUGUGAAUGGGACUGGAAAUCCUGAGGAUAAUAUUGAAGGAAUUGGGUUUUUUGAAGGGCUCGAUGAGUUCCUUAGUAGCUUACCAAUUCUAAAUGUUGUUGCCGAUGAUAAGGUUAAGGGUCAUUAGUCUUAUUGUUGUUGUACAGUGUAGGUGCUACUUGUAUUUUUUGAAGGGCUUGAUGAGAUCCUUAGUAGCUUACCAAUUCUAAAUGUUGUUGCAGAUGAUAAGGUUACCAGGUCAUUAGUCUUUAAGGUGCCUGAUUUAUUAUUGUUGUUGUACAAUGUAGCUGCUACAUGUAUGUUGUUACUUGUUGCACAAAUUUAUGCUGAACUUAUUCAUUAAUGUGAUUAAUUUAUCUCA